CGCUACUCGACCGACAUACCGUACCAAACUCAAGGUACCGGGGUACCUACCUGGUAUGCGUAGAGGAUACGUGAUAUACAGGUGUUUCAUCUGAGUUCUGCGCUGGAAGCUGUCGAGUCGGGGUAUAACUUUCACAUUUGGGCUCCUUCCGGAGACCAGGCACACGUUGGCGGCUGAAGGCUAGCACGCAUGCCAGCAGAUAUGCCUCAGGCCAGCCUCCUUUCGUAUUUUUCGAAGCCCACUACGUCUGCCACCGAGCUACAACGGCGCAAGGUAGGGCAGAGUGUUGGAGAUGAUAAGCCGGUGUCUAUUGGCAUGCCAACAGUCCCAAGCACUCAACAAGCAGAUAUCCCAGGCAUAGCAGAGGGAAUAAAUCAUCGGUCGGCAAAGCAAGCAGCCACAGGUCGUACUAGUACUGAAAAAAGAGAUACAAAUCUUGAAGACCAGGGCACAAACGAGACCAGUUUCGAAGAGCUGCCUGACCAGUCUUUAUCACGAAUAAUUCAUGUCCCACACCUUCCGGGCGCCUUCAUCACGACAAUCCAGAAAGCGCAUAUCCCUGCAAUCCAACGCCUCACCAGUACCACCUUGCCUGUUCGCUACGGCGAAAACUUUUUUACGUCCACUCUCUCCGAGCCUGUCGUCUUUCAGUUGUCCAGAGUCGUCCUCUACGGCUCCGACCCAGUUGGCUGGAUACGAUGCCGGCUGGAGCCAUGUUCCGCCAAUCACAGUGCCCCUUUAUCAGAACAGGGGCCUUCGCAGAUAUACAUUCAAGCCCUGGCACUACUGUCACCGUAUCGUGGCCUUGGACUUGCGACGAUCCUCCUUGACGCGGUACUGCGUUCGCCGAUUGCCCAGGCCGACAGCACGGUUUGCAUCUACGCGCAUGUGUGGGAAAAGAACGAAGACGCUCUUGAUUGGUAUGCGAAACGGGGUUUCAAGCGUGUCAUGCUGCUCGAGAGGUAUUAUAAAAGACUCAGACCCGGCGGAGCAUGGAUUGUGAGGAAAGAAUUAGAUGCGGGUUAAGAAGAGUUGCUUCGCCAGUUUUCAAUCAUAUAUCUGACCAUCAAGCCGUGCCGGUCUUGUACAGGGUCAGUGACACACACAGACGGAGAGGAAACGAUCUCCCGCCAAUGGAUAAUUUGCGACGGGUGUUUACAGAUCUCGGGAUCUCUUGGUUCCUGGAGACAUCGCCAAACGUGAGAAAGCGGCAAAGUCCUGCAGAGAUGUGCAGCCCCGGACCCUGAGCCGCAAUUCGACGACCAAGCCACGGUCGAAGAGCGUCUGGAAGAACGAGAAGACCCCGGUGUUCAACGCUUAGUCAACGCAUAUCUCACCGCGCUCUACUUCUCGAACUACCCUUGGGAUUGCCAUAGAGCAAAUUUGCUAGCAUGAUGGAUAGUGUUCCAGUUGGACAGCUUCACCUUUAUGGUCGAAGUCCUCCGACACUACGCGAUAACCGCUCGGGGAUCGGACUGAUCCGCCGAUCACGAAGCUUCAGCGCGACUUCGGAAUUGUUUUGAGGCCUGCGGCCCAUGUAAGGAAUAUUGGAUAGUGUCCUCGGAGAUGCCGAUCGAUCCCAUUCUCCUUGAGUCUAGUAUAUACACUCGACCGAGCCUUCGGACAGGAAGCAUGAACAUAAUGGCGCAUGCAAUCAAAGCACGGAUUCAACAUAAUUCUCCUCCAUUUUCCGUACCUCGCGUUUGAAGAUUUCCACCUCCUUCCAGCAGUCGAGUGGUCGUCUAUCGUUUAUUCUUAGGCAGUUGACCACAUCUUGUCUCCUACGCAGCCGCAUCACGUUAGCUCUGAAUCUCCAUAGACUAUUUUCCACAGCUGGCGUAUGGGAUCGUAGACGUACG